AGGUGUGUGGUGCCAACAAACGAAAGAGUCGCGUAGAGACAUCGUUGGAGUUUUGUUGUUCCCGAAGCAAACCGCUCAGCACCGCAGUCCCCCACACGCUUGUGCGCAUCGGUAUACGUCCACGCCGCGUCGAGGAGGCAGCGUCUGCUGAUUGGCUCACAUUCUUCUUCUGUUGUUUUAUUUCUUCUUCUCUUCUUGUGGUGUUGUGCGGAGAUGCGAGCGCGUGUUUGCCUCAGCGUACGGUCUGCGCUGCGCCGCCCACGCGGCCCGGCCGCCCAAACCGCUGCCCUCGUAGCCGUCAUUGCCCGCCGCACCUUCGUGGACACGCCGAUGCCGGACGAGGCCGUCGUCUCCGGCAUGUCGAUGCCCAACGUCGCGGCCCCGCCGGCCACACCGAUGGGCGACCCUUCCUCUGACUCCGCGGACGGCCUUGGCUCCUCCUACGCCUACCCGCUCGACGUGUCCAACGCGGCGUUCAAGCUGUACGGCGAGCCGAAUACCUUCGGCGCCGGCGACGCUAACCGCAUCUUCUCCUCCGCGAAGAUCCACAGCUACGAUCCAACGAUCCUCUUCAACGACCUCCGGCUGCAGGACGUGCGGAGUACAGAGGUGAACGGCACCGGCGGCUUCAGCGGUGCCGGCGGCGGCGGCAGCGGCGGCGCUGACACCGCGUCAACGGCCGCCGUCGACGCGGAAGCCGCGACCCGCCAGGCCGAAGAUGAAGCGAACAAUGCGGAAAUGCGCUCGGGGCGCAACAAGCAGGUGGCGGGUGGUGCGGCGGCCAUGGCGGCGGCCAUGCUCGACUCACGCCGCGCCGUCGACGGCAUCGCUCUUGUGCCGGGUCACCCGCUGCCGGUCGUCUUCCCGCGGCCGGACGGGCUGCCGCCGCCGCUGCGCUUUGUGAAGAAGUUCGGCCCCGGCGGCGCCCAAAAAACACGCGCCGGCAAGCGUCUUCGGCAGGCGAAGGCGGAGAGCGAGGAGGACACGGACGCGGCGAUGUACGGCGAGGUGAUGGAGAGCGAGGGCCGCGUGGAGUCCACGAGCCUGCAGCACAGCAUUGCGUGGAAGGUGCAGGUGCUCGACGAGCAUCACAAGCCCGCACCCGUGAAGCCCUUCCAGCACUUUCGCGAGGCGGCCGAUGUGCUGCCGCACCGCGUGAUGCAAGGGCUCGAGGACUCGGGUUUCUCGCGGCCGACGCUGCUACAGUCCGCCGCCAUCCCGCAGCUCAUGCGCGGACGCGACGUCGUCGGCGUAUCGCCGAACGGCAGCGGCACCACCGUCGCCUACGCCGUUCCCUCCAUCGCGGUGUUGGUGAAGGUGAAGGCGGCAGAGAAGGGCGACACGGCGGUCGCUGACAAGGCAAAGUCUUCUUCUCCGGGUGGCGACGCAGCAGCGGGAGGUUCGUCCACCGUCGCACAAGAGCAGCCGGAGGAGCCGGCGGCUGCGGUGGUGGCCCACCCCAUAGUCGUUGUGCUCUGCCCCACCCGUCAAACCGUCAUGCGCACCGCCGCCAUGUACGUCAGCCUCACCGGCGAGGACGUGCGUCUUAUCACGGCCUACCGCUCCACCGCGGAGGAGGAGGAGAAGCAGCGGGCGGCCAUUCAGAAGAAGAACGGCUGCGACGUGCUCGUGAGCACCCCCGCACGUCUGCACGCCCUCCUGCGGGAUGGUGUGGUGGAUGUGGACAACACCCACGUGAUGGCCGUCGACAAAGCAAACGAGAUCCUCGAGGCGGCCCCAACGCCGGACGGUGUGUCCAUGCGGGAGCACCUGGAAUUUGUGCUCAAGAAGACGAAGGACAACAGGGUGGCGCAUCAGCUGUCCGUCUGGUGCAGUGAGGUGGUGCCGGCGGUGGAGUCGAUGGUGCACCGCUACAUGUCCCCGCUCGCCGUGACCGUCAUGGUGACCCGCGAGGAGCACACGAACGUGAACGUGCGCCAGAUUUUGUACGCGCUGCCCAGCAAGGAGGACCGCAUCAAGGCGAUCCAGCGCCUGUACGACACACGGGCCAUCUUGAAGCGCCAUCAAGUCGUCGUCUUCUGCGCCUACCGCGAGACGGCGGAGCAGGUGGCCGCCGAUCUGAUCAAGGCGCUCGCGGCGCCGUCGUCGAUGGUGAAGUUCGUGCACAGCGGGCUGCGGGCGCGGCGACGCAACGAGGUGCUGAAGUCCUUCCAGCACGGUGACAUCCGCAUUUUGGUGGGCACCGACGUUGCCACGAAGCGGCUGGACGUGGAAGAGCUGGAGCACGUCAUCCACUACGACCUGCCGGCGUCGACGGAGAUCUAUAUGCAGCGCGUCAGCCAGGUCGGUCGAUCCGGCCGCCAAGGGACGUCGCACACGUUCCUCACCGCGGGGGAUGCGCGGGUGCCGCUCAUCGCGAAGUUUGUGGAGAAGCAGACGGGCCACGCGUUGAGUGAGGAAACUCGAGCGAUGAUCCGCGACAUCGAGGCGUCCGGCGGAGAGGACAGCUGGGACACGCCGGUGCUGCGCCUGCAGAAUCACGCCGCGUCGAACACGAAGUGGCGCGUCCGUGGCCGUCGCGAGAUGCGGCAGCAGGUGGAGUCCCUCUCGGGGUUUCUGUCCGAGUCGGACAAGAAGCCGCUGGGGACAUCGUCCUAG